AUGUACCCAGUGGCAUUAAGAUCAGACAUCGAGAAGAUGUUUCGACACAUUAUAGUGGCCUCAGAGGAGCAAUAUCUACAACGAACCCUGUGGCAACCACCUGGCACGACAUUCGCGUCCCAUCGUAGAUUACUAUCGGAUCUAUACAGCGACAGUGGCAAUACCUUCAAAGGAACCGAACGUGAACUCUGGAAAUUCAUAGACGAAUUGUACCAGAAUGCCAACGUGCAAGCUAACAUCGCAACCAAGAAAAUCGAGUGGCACUUCAUCCUUCCCACCUCUCCAUAUUUCGGCGGACUUUGGGAAGCAGGAAGGAAGUCAGUGAAAAACCUGAUAAAAGAAUUACUGGACGACUGCAUGCCCAACUUCGAGGAAUGGACUACCCUGCUCAGUAAAAUCGAGUGCAAUUGGAAUUCGAGACCACUUGGACGCCUCCGCGAUGACCCUGAAGACAUCGUUGUCUCAACUGCCGGACACUUCCUCAUCGGUAGACCAUUGAACGCUGUUCCAGUCUCCUCCACAUGA